CAAUCGACCGUUUUGUUUAUUCCAAUGAAGCCUAUAGCAACCAUAUAUGAUAGCAACCCCCCUUUUGUUGAAUCAAUAUUAGAAUUUGUGUUACAUUUUCUACAAAAAUGUCCACAAUCGAAGAUUUGCAAAAUAUUGAGGAAUAUCAGCAAAACGUUUACAUUAACCAUGCCCGAGGGGAGUCUUUGAUGGAAAAAUACGGAAUCCCCAUUCAACAUUACGAAUUUGAUUAUGUGGCCAAGGCUAAAGACGCUGAAGAACUGGAGAAAAUGACGCUUGUAUUGAGGAGCGGACAAGAAGGAUACUUUCCGGAUUUGCUGAGAGCCAUAGAAGACAAACUUCAAAGAUUGAAACCGGAAAGUAAGCUUCUGAAGUACAGCACUCCGGUCCUCCGCAAACAAGAUUUGCUUCAGAAUGACAGGAAUGAAAUUAAUCAAGAUUUACGACAAUGGGUCACCGAUAUGUCCAAGAAUAGCCGAGAAUUGGAUAAAAGAAAGACUAAUAAAAUACAAUGUGACGUGAAAAUUCGCCAAACAGAACUUCAACAUAAACCUGUUACCGUAACAACACCAAAAUCUACUACCCGAAUUGCUUCAACUGACUUUCAAGCUUGGGACAGGUACGAUCCCGACGCUGAAUUACUGAAACAAGAAUUAGAAGAAGAAAAAAUGAAAAUCGAAGCUAAAAAAGCUGAAAAAGCUUCUGAGAAACUCAGAAAAGAAGCCGAGCAAUUUGUUUACGCUGGAACUAGUAGCCAAUCCUGUUUCGUAAUGGCUGGACUCGAUCGAAAACCGAAAAAAUCCGUGUCAUUCAAUCAACACUCGACAGAAACGGAAGCUGCGUACCUGUCAGACCGUGAACUGGAAAAGGGCAGGGAAUUUUAUGUUGCUGGUGACUACGAGUUGGCUCUAAAAUGCUUCACUCAAAGUAUUUUGAGCAAACCACAAGUCAUCAAUAUUAAUAAUCGAGCGUUGACUCAUUUGAAACUUGGACAUUUUAAAGAGGCUUUAGAGGAUACUAAUAAAGUUUUAGCACUUGAUGAAGGAAAUUUGAAGGCUAAUUUGAGAAAGGCGCAAGCUUUAGAAGGUAAAGGAUUAAGUGAUAAAUGGUUUGAAAGAGUAUGAAAAUGCUUUAAUACAGGUUGAACGUGUAAUAAAAACAGAUCCAGAUAAUGAUAUAGCGCAAGAAUUGGCUUCAAAGCUUAGAAAAGUUUGCAAGAAUACGUUUCAGAGCAAAAAUACUAAGAUGAGGGUGUUUGAUGUUAUUUAAUGUACAUAAUUAUGCUGGAACAUGUUCCAGCAUAUAAAAUACGUUGUUGUUUGAGAUGAAUUUGUCAGAAUUUUUCUCUAUUUCUUAAAUUAAAACAAUAAAACUAUUUUGAGAAUCUCAA